AUGUUGGGCGCCGCCGCGUUAGCAACCUUGGCGGAUGUUCCUUUUGGCUGGGAGUACCACUGCUUCUACGGCGCCAGCCUCUUCCGCGAACUGGACAGCUCGGGCACCGUGUACAACGAAUUUCCUCAGGCUGCACAGCUCGUCCCGGCCGGCGCAAAGGCAGGCGAGAGCUCCGCGGCGGCGGCGGCCGUCUCCCCAUCGUCGACGGCGACCGAGCGCGUGCGCGACGCGCUCGGCGCGCUCUCCGGUACCUGCUUCUUUAUGCGCUCGGGGUACUGGACGUACGAGGUGUGCCCCGGCAACUCGGUGCGGCAGUACCACGCGGAGAACGCUCUCUCGGGCGCCGCCAAGGUGAGGACCGAGUUCUCGCUCGGAACGCACAACCCCGCCGCGGACAAGUACAUCGAGAGCUCGCAGCGCUUCAUUCAGAAGUACGUGAGCGGCGCAGACGGCCGCUCAUCGACCGUGCAGCACAUCUGCGCCGGAAACCGACGCGACGAGGACGGAGUCAUCUCGGUGCCCGUGGCGCCUGACCUCGAGCUGGCUCCGCUGCGGCUGCUCGACAAGCUCGGCCGGCGCUGCUUCCAGCACUCUAAGGACUACUGGACGUACGAGGUCUGCCCCACCAAGCAGGUGCGGCAGUACCACCUCGAGGGCCGAAAGGUGACGACAGAGUUCCUGCUCGGCAAGUACGACCCCGCCGCCGACAAGCUCGGCACCGGCGCCACGUACACCCAGACGUACGUCAACGGCUCGGGCGCACGAAGCGCGGCUCUGCGCGAGCCGGCCAAGCACCAGUACGUCCUCGACUUUACCACCCCGUUCGCGUGCGACAUCAACUGCGUAAGGGCGAGGCCGCGACCAGCAAAGCGCGGGGAGGCAGAGGAGCAGCAGGGUGGGUCUCCCUGA